AUGGCUGCGGUCGGCUGCCGAGCCACCCCCGCCGAGGCGGCGGCCGAGCAGCCAUCCCGCGCAUCCCGCGCUGGCGCCCCUGGCGGCUCGCUCUGGCCCGCUCGCCGCGCCAGGCGCGCCGCGGCGCGGGCGGCAGAGUGCGGGCGCUUGGCCGCUGCCUUGGAGCGCGUGGGCGUGCUCGAAGCGGAGCUGGCCGCAGUCCGCAGCCUCCACGCGACGGCGGCAGGGCAAGCGCUCCGCAUCUCCUCCCCGCGGCUCGGGGAAGUCGAGGCUGGUGCGACGCUGCUCCAAGAGCUCGUCACCAGGCUCUCACUUGCUGUCCCAGUUCUCCUGGACAUGCUCGCGCAGGGUGCCGAGGGCCAGGAGGGCGGCGGUGGGCGGGCGGGUGCCUCGGGUGGCCCUCCAUCAUCGCAUGCACCUGUGACCAGCGGCCUCCCGAGCAGCGAUUCGGGAGCGAAGCCAGUUCUCGGCUGCACGGUUCCGCCUUGCGGCGCGCUCCCCGCCAGCGCGCCAGGCGGCCCGACAGGCGGGCAGGCGGUUCACGACUGCAAGUUCGGCGACGGCGGCGACGCAGGUCGGCCCCAUGGCGCGCUCCCUGCCAGAAGGCCAGACGGCCCUGCUCGCGGCGACGCAUCGGCGGACAUGGGCACUGAGGCGAGCGGCGCGCCUGGCGCCCAGCCCGCCCCGCCCGUGCCCCGCGCCAAGGCGCUGGAGGCUGCCAGGCGCAAUGCUGGCCUCCACUGCGCAGCGCGGCGUGGCACAUCCAUCGCUGCCAUGCGGUUGCGGUCGCUCAAUCGGCUGCAGCGUGGACGGCGCGCGGCUCCGAGGCGCGGCGACCGGCGGUCGAGCCCGGCAGCCAGCGCCCCGCCCCACCGGCGCCACCCCGCGGCUCGGUCUGCGGCCGAGGGCGUCUCGACUGACUGGAAGGUCGCCUGCAGGCGCGGGCGCAGCCUCCCAGCGGGCUUGCGCCUCGACCUGGCCGAGCGGGCGCGCGGGGAGCCAACGCCCGAGCCAGCUCCGCUGGCCUCGGGACCCCGCUGGUGGCACUUGGAGCUCGACGGAGAGCACCUGCACGACGGCACGGCGCGGUCGAAGCAGUGUGACGUGCCCUCCGCCGAGCCUGUCAAGCCGCCCCACGUGGUCCAGUUCGGGAGCAAGCCGAAGGAGCGGGAGAGCAUUGCAUCAGGCUCCGUGCUCUCGGCUGGCGGCUCGAACAAGGAGGAGGGCUUCGAGGAGCAGGGCUUCGAGGAGCAGGACGUCGGAGGGUACCCCGCGAGGGCGCCCCUGGUGAUGCCGCAUACCGCAGAUAGACGUCAGGUGGCCCGCCUGCGGCUCGCAGUGCUGCGGCGGCACGUGGCGGAUAGCAGCCGAGCGAGCGUCAACAGCCGCGACCUCCGACGGCCUGGAUGGCAGGCGGCAGAUGCAGGCGCCGAGGAUCCCUCCCCGAUGUCGCCUGCUGAGCGCCGCGCUGGGCUAGCCUGGAUCCGUGGUAUUCUCAAUGGUCAUGAGGACUUGUUCGUGGAUUUCAUCGGCUAG